AUGCGCGUAUCUAAGGCCGUCAUUGCCGCCGCAGCUGCAAGCACUGCGAGUGCGCAGCGCCCCAGCAACACUUCUAUUUGCGACUACUAUACCACCGCGUUGUUGAAGGAGAACACGGCUGACAACCAGUACACUCUCUUGACUCUUGUGGUCAACACUGUAGUCAUUGGAAACUACACCAUGCCCAACGUUGGCAUCAAGGUUCCCGGUAUCCUGGCACCAGGAAUGGUGAACGGAACCGAAGUCAACCUCCUCCCAUACUUCGACGGAGAGCUCGCAUCGAGCAACCGUGGUGGCGACAAGGGUGUUGCUAUCAACUUCCUUGACGGUGGCGGUGCUGCGCCUCUGAUGAAGAACAUGCCUGCCGAAGACAACACCUCUAUGCAGUACUUCCUCCUCACCCAUCUUUACCAGUUCUUCGGCUCUCUGCUGGGCUGCUCCCAGCAGGGUAUGCCUGGAUUCGACGCCUUCACUGGUCACGGAUCCAUGUACGAGGUUCACAAGUUCAUGGCCCUCAACCCUUACGAGUUGACGUACUUCAUCCAGCAGGUCGGCAUGGCCGCCGCCUCCUUUGGAGUUGCUGAUGCCGAUGUCACUGCUGUUGGCGCGGCUCUUACCUCCCUGUUCACUUACCGGUGCGCACCGCCGACCACUGUCAUCCCCGCCCAGGGCCCUCUGUUGCAGUCAAUCUGCAUCGACGGCGCUUGCCCCAUCUCCCCCAACGCGACUUGCGAUCAGUACCAGCCCGUCAUGGUUCCCACCAAUGCCACCACCAACGCCACUGCUACUUCUCCGGGCUCGAUCGGCACUGCUACCUCUUCAGGCUCAUCGAUGACUGGUACUUCGACGUCCAGCCCCUCGACUAUGCCCACCGCUGGCGCCGUUGCCAACGGCUUGAGCUUGGCCGCCGUUGUUGGUGGUAUUGCCGCCUUCCUGAUUUAA